AUGAGUUUUGUGGGUUUACUCCAAUUUUCAUUGAAAUGCUUCGAUGUUCUUGCCUGGCCUCUAGUUGCUUUGGUCUACCCUCUUUGUGCUUCGGUUCGGGCAAUUGAGACCAAUUCAAACUGUCACAUGCGGAAAUUGGUCACAUAUUGGGUUCUUUUUUCUUUGAUUUCUCUCUUUGAACUUGCUCUCGUGAGAGUUAUUGAAUGGCUACCAUUCUUGCCUCAGAUAAAACUACUAUUUGUCUGCUGGCUAGUAAUACCUCGAUUUGAUGGUGCAUACUAUGUCUACAAAAGCCUUGUUCAUCUGUGCUUAUCUGUGGACCGACAAUCUGUUGUCAAGUGGUUAAAUAAGCCUAAGGAUGACGUCUCUCUCAAACCCGAAACCUUCCUAGCUGUGGCUGAGACAUAUGUUCAAAAGAAUGGUACUGAAGCAUUGGAGAAACUCAUUGCUAGUAAGUCAAAGGAUUCAAAUUCCAAUCUCAUUGUGGAAGAGAUCAAGUCAGCUGCAAAUGCAAAGGAGAAAGAAGUGGCGACAACAAUCCAGAAAGCAAUUGCAGCGGUGGAGGUUGAAGAAAUGACAGAGCCAACAGCUCAUAAUGAGGACAAGCUUCAGGAGCCACCAGAGAAAAAUGCUGCAGUAGCUACAAAAUGGACUAAGAAGAAAGCAGUUGCAGUAGUGGAGGUCAAAGAAAUGACAGAGCCAACAGCUUGUAAAGAGGACAAGCUUCUGGAGCCACCAGAGAAAAAUGCAACAGUAGCUGCAAAAUUGGUAAGUCUUUUAUCAAUAGGCAGUAGGAAACUUAGUUUUAAAGGCUUCUAUUAAUGUACACUAGGAAGCUAAGUUUCUAUGUUUUGGAAAAAAUUUCUAAGUCAGCUGUCUGAAUAUGGGGAAUGCACUUGGAUUGCCCCGUUUUGAUGUUUUUCGAUUAGUAAUGCCACACAAGGUUUUCUCUCGUGUACAGCAUGCUACUCUGUCUACUGCAGG